AUGAGGUUCACCAUCACCGAUGAUCAGUAUGCAAAAUUGUUAAAUUUUAUGGUAACAAUAAAGUACGAAUUAAGAUCAAUGCAGGAAAACAACUUGACAAAAACUAAGGAUUUGAGUAUAUAUGACACUGGUGAUAUAGAUAAUAAAUUACCAAUCAAAACUCAGGAACAGUUGGAAGAAUUAGAAAAUGAUUUGUCUAACAAUAAACAUUAUCGGUAUCAGAUGAUUAAACGUUUAUCAUCUGUGGGAGGAAAGUCAAUAAAAAUUAUGGCAAAAAGAAUAAUGGCUAUAUUAUUUAUACCAGAAAUAUUAUGUGAAUUUUCAUAUAGUGGUCGUGGUAACAAAAAACGACCAUUUGAGAAAUUGCUUCUAAAUAAAAUUAUUUUUGAUUCUGUCCUUACAAUCAAAAAAUUUGCCAAUGCUGAUAACGCAGCUAAUGAAAUUGAUCAGGUUAUUAAGUACGUUCUUAUUCAAACUCCAUUUAAAAUUAAAGAUAAGGCAGGAAAAUAAUUUUUAUAAUAAUCCUAAAUAUAUUAUUAUAGUGUACAGAAUUUCUUAAUAUAAUAAUUUCUGUAUACUUAUUAAUACUGAUAUUAUAAUUUUAAAUGAAAUUUUAAAAACAAUAGGUAUUAGGUAAACGUUAUAAA